GUUGUAGUUCAGCGUUCGUUUUGCGUGGUUUUGAAUUCUUUUUUGUGUUGAAUAAACGUUGAGUGGUGUUGCACUCAUCGUCUUAUACCUUUUUUUCGGUUCAAUUUCAUCUUCACGAACCGAACCGAACCAAGUGUUAACUGUUUUGCUCAACAAUAUUUAACGUUGCUCAUCAAUUUGAACAUUUUGUCAUCGGUUUUUUUCUUCCUCAUUGGCGAGAGAUUUUACCUUUUUUUUCGGUGUGUUCAUGCGCAUUAUUGGCAUUUUUAUUCGCGCUCACCCAAACUCGUGAUUACUCGUUCGAUUCAUUUUUAACGAUUGAAAAACACUCAUGAAACGUGCCUUACACUGACGCACAAGCAAUAAAACACUUUAUCGAACACUGAUAACAACUGCAUUGCACAAGUCAUAGAAGAGAAAAAAAAUAAUAGAAAUUUAAUUGACACAAAGUAAAAAACGAAAGGAUUUUGUGCAAGACUACGGCCAAUAACUAGCCAAUUUGUUGGAAUUAAUUAAAAGUUUGAGUGCUUUGAAACAGACGUGAGAGAGUUGUGUGUUCAAGUGAAUGUGCUGACGGUUUACGUUUUUGGGCGAAGAGAGAAAAAAACGCCGCAACGGGAAUAGCUCGAAAUCUCAACUGAUUUUGAACCAGAAGAUCAGCAAAUUCUACCAAUAAAAAUAUCAUCAACAUUUAACUUUUAUUUCCGUGAUUAAAUCAGCAUCAAAAUUCUCACAAUCGCCCGAAUACCACAGUUUGAUACGCCCGCCAUGGGCAUAUCAGAAGAGACAAAACUCGAUGCAAUGCCACAUGACGCUGCAUCGAAAAUGCUGAGCAAUAUGAUGGAACGUCCAGGACCACCAACCAGUGGCGGCACCAACAGUCCAAUCUCCGAUCAAAACAGCGAAUGCGGUGAUAUGAUGGACGAUGGUUUUGCACCGAAACGUAAACAACGACGAUAUCGUACCACGUUUACGAGUUUUCAGUUGGAGGAAUUGGAAAAGGCUUUUUCUCGGACGCAUUAUCCGGACGUGUUUACAAGAGAGGAAUUAGCUAUGAAAAUUGGAUUAACUGAAGCUCGAAUACAGGUUUGGUUCCAAAAUCGGCGCGCUAAAUGGCGUAAACAAGAAAAAGUCGGGCCAACGGGUCAUCCGUACAAUCCGUAUUUGCCGAGUUCGGCACAAAUACCAUCGGCAACGGUAGUUGCGUCCGCAUUGCCACCGAAUCCGUUCACACAUUUGGGCUUUAAUUUGCGAAAACCGUUCGACGCAAGCGGUUUGGCCGCCUUUCGCUAUCCACACUUACCAGGCGCAUCGGUCUUGCCACCAGCAUAUUUACAUCAAUUUCACAGAACGCCGCCGUCGCCGAUGUUGCCACCUGGUGUAGGUGCAUUGUAUUCGCCGAGUGCAUCGUUCCAAUCAUUGCUUGCAAAUAUAUCAGCUGCACAACAUUCGAACGCUGUAUCGGCAUCGUUAUCGGCUGCAUCGAAACCGCCAUCAUUCCAUGCGACCCACGCUGAAUAUAUGACCAGUGCUGGAUCGCCACCGAUCUCGCCGCAAGGUCAUCCAUCGACAGCCACUAAUCUGACAACAACGGCCAACAGCUCAAUCAGCAGUGGCGGCAGCGAUGGUGCAUCACCCACCGAUGACCGAAGGAGCUCAUCCAUUGCUGCACUUCGAUUGAAGGCACGCGAACAUGAAAUACGCCUGGAAAUGCUGCGUCAAAACGGUCAUGAUAUCAUCAGUUGAAUUCAUGGUGACGUUUACAAUAUGUUGAAUUUUUUACUUCUGAUCACUCUCUUUAUAGUGCAAAUCACAAUGCUUUUAUUUCAUUCAGUUUUUUUUUUCUUCUCACAAACAAAUCAAAAAGUGAAAACCGAAUUUAGAUGUAAACUUUUGCAAACAUGAUACAAAGUAGUUUAAUUAGGAAUAGGAUCGUUUUUUUUUGUUCUUUGAAUAGUUUGUGCAAAACUAAUUUUUACUUUGACGAUUGCUCAAAUACAAGUAAUUUAAAAGUAGCACUGAACCCAUUCGUUUUUGCUUUUUUAAAGAGCAAACCUUUUUGAGAAUACAAAUCAAGUGUAGACCGUAAUUAUAAUGUUGAAAAAUAUAAAACAAAAAACGUUAAUAAUUUAUUCAAAAUAGUAAAAAGGACUUGGUAUUUAGAUUUAAUGGCACCAAUUUUUUUUAGAUAAGAUUUUGUGAAAAAUGACGCUCUAUACAAACUAGCUUGUAAGUGGCAAAUCAACAACUCACAAUUCAAAAAUAUAUGCUACAAUCAAAACAACAUGUGAUUGCAUAUUCAGCUUUUUAAUAAAAAUUACAAAUUUCAACCAAAAAAUC